AUGAUUAGAAAAUCUAGAAGUGAUAAAAAAGAUACAACUUGUAAACGUUGUGGUAAAAUGUGUGUAAAUCCAAAUAAACUUCGUGAACAUCUUAGACGAAAAAAUCUGUGCAAACCAUUAUCAGAGAUAACUGCUUCUAUUCAAGUUCCCAUUCAAGUACCCAUUCAAGCACCCAUCCAAGAGGUUAUCCAAAAAUCUGCUAUUAAUGAUACUCCCUUCAAAAAUCCUAAAAUCGAAUGGAUUUAUCAGGAUAUAAAAAGAAAAUUAGGCAUUUUUAAAAACUUACAACAGGAAACAAGCUGUAGACCUAAGAACUUUGAUAGAAAGCGUUUUUACUUAGAGAUGAAAAAAGAGGGUAAUAGACCUUAUACAGAAAUAUUUCCAGAAAGGUUGUCAGAGGCAACAGGUGAUGAUACUAAUACCCCUGUUCAAACUCCUGAACCUGAACUACAAAUAACCGUUCAAGACUUUGCCCCUAAGCCAGAACUCAUUCACGGAAGAAAGUAUAUUACCAAAGAGGAAGCCAAAGCUUGGGUUAAUCCAAAUGCACGAAAACCCAGAGAGCGAAUUAAGACAUGGGGAGCAAAAUUGCAAAAACGUUGGAAAGAAUUAGAUCUAGGUGAUGAGCCAAUUGAGCAGUAUGAUCCAGAGGCAGUUCGCCUAUCUACAUUAAAAGAGUUAAAGAAAUAUGAAAAGAUAUUAGAGUCUGAAGGCGGUCCUGGACCUAAAACACAAUCAUUUAGGGAAGGUAAUAAUUUGAUCAAUAAAGAAUUUGAGCGCUUAGGAGAAAUUAAGGGGCCCAAAAGGUCAGAAAAGGAUUUAGAAUUUAGAGAACAAGAAGAAUUGGAAACAGCAGUUAAAAGAAGAGCUAUAGCCGUACAUCAUGUAAAAGUUCCCAAAUCCCAUCCAGAUAAUGGAAGUGAUAUACGAAAAAUGUUAGAAAGCCGAAGAAAACAGUUUAGAGAAAUACUUGAAAAGGAAUUCGAUAAACGUGAACAAUUUAAGUUCGCUCUAUGUUCUCUUACCAAAUUUUUUAUAGAUGAUAAACCUGGGAAUGAAAAACAGGAAAAAAAGAAUUCACGAACUGACUGGCUUAGAAAUAAACAAAUUAUAAUUUAUAAUAGAAAUGAAAUAGAUGAUUACUUAAGCAAUGCUUUCGAACAAAUCCUAUACUAA